AGCGAAUAAAAUUUUGACAGCAUCGAAACGCUUGUCUUCAGACUGAUUGGAAGUUAUUCUUUUCGCAAAUAAGGUUUGUGAGGGAUUUAAAUAAAUACAAUUUAGCAAAGAUGUUGUCCCAAUCGAUAUUGUCCAGCGCACGAGUCCUCCGUACCGAGGCCCGCCGCAGCAUCGGCAUUAUCGCACCAGCGCUAAACAAAGUUUCCGAUCCCAUCCAACAGCUCUUUUUGGAAAAAGUGCGCGAUUACAAAAAGCGCAGCAGUGGUGGCAAACUUGUUGAUUCCAAUCCCGAAAUCGAGCGCGAAUUGAAGAACGAGUUGGAGCGCGUCGCCAAACAAUACGGCGGUGAUGGCAAGGUCGACAUGACCAAAUUCCCCGAAUUCAAGUUCCCUGAAGUGAAAAUCGAUCCCAUCACUCAAACCAACUAGAUUUAAAACAUUUUUUAGAAUGCUAAAUUUCAAUUGCCGUACAAAUGUCUUGUGUGGGCGACGACGGCAUGCUCGACAAGCUAUUGUCGCGUGUUAAUUAUUUUACGCUAAUCCAUUUCUUUAUGUUUUAAAAACGUAAAACAAUGAUGCCGCCAGGAAAAUAAUAAACAAAUAAUUGUAAAACA